AUGUCCGAGAGCACUGAGAGGGAGGAAAGUGGGGUGGUAGAGGAGCAUGCGCAUGCACAUGAGGAUGAACAUGAACACAGUCAACACGUCCCGGUAGAGGAGGCGGCGGGAAUACCGCAGGAUACGGGCAAAGACGCGAACAGGCGAGUGGAGGAGUCAUACACAGCAGAGGUCGAUGUCGAGGACACGCCCCGAUCGGAGAUGCCUCCUUCCUUCGAGGUCAUGACACCCAGCGCCUCGGAAGCCCAAGCGAGGCAGCAAAUGGCAGGCACGGCGGGAAGCGGGAACGAUUACUUUGGGGCGACCUCAUCUCAUCCACCGCCACCACCGACGGAGGAGCAGAUAGCGGCAAAGUUCCACGCCCAGGAACAGCAACACACUAUCGCACAGAACAUCGCCAGUGCUCGCGCGGGGAAUGCAACGGCUGCGGGGCAUCUUGCCGUCCACAAUCUCCAACUGCCUGGAACGAGUCCGCUGACCACCAUCCGACCCACCCCAUACACGGCCGUCUCCAACAUCAGCGUUGAAAGCACCGACAGCGCGACCACGGUCACGCCGAGGAAAGGCAGUGUGGUUGCGGGAUUCUACCCUGCCCCACAACCAUAUCCCAAUCAGUCCUUUGCGGCCCUACAAGACCAAUACACGCAGAGAUAUCUGGCCCGGCCACCCACUCUCUCACAGACAUCGCAGGUGCGCACCUUUGCGUCUGCCCUCGCUGUAAGAGGGGCGGCGGGUGCCAGAACUUCACUCCACUCUCCCACCGUGUCGCCCAGCACUGGCCUCUUCAAUCUGGCGGGUCCACCAUCUGCACCGGCCCUCAGCAAUAACGAGGCGCCUCGUCUAUACGCCAGUCCUUUCCUACACUUCACCCACACUCACGUGCCCAAGGAGACCCACGUCGCAGACGUCGAUGUCGACCCCAUCUCUGGCAGGAAAUUGAUCAAUCAUUACGAGAUUGUUGAUGAGCUGGGUCGCGGAACGCACGGCAAAGUGAAGCUUGGCCGUGACCUCAACACCGAAAGCACAUUUGUCGCCAUCAAGAUUGUGGAGCGGUUCUCGAAACGCAGGAAACUUGGUCGACUGGGCACCACCGAGGACAAGGUCAAGAAGGAGGUCGCGAUCCUGAAAAAGGCUCGUCAUCCCAAUAUUGUAGCUCUGCUGGAGGUGAUUGAUGACCCUUCACGCAAAAAGGUGUACAUUGUGCUGGAGUGGGUGGAGAAGGGUGAGAUCAAGUGGCGCAGUAAGGGCAACAAGGCUAUUGCCAUGAUCGAAGCGAGACGCUACGAACGGGAAAGGAGUGGCUUGCAAGAUGAGCGUCUCAAAGCGGAAGAUCGCGCGGUGCUGGAGGAGGCAACACGUCGGCUCGACAAGGAGAAGCGACGGGCCGCGAGACUGUUCCGCCGGGCGAGAAUGCGUAGGGAAGACAACCCAGAGCAUUGGAGUAUCGAGCUUGCAGGUGACGACGAAAGUGAUGAAGAUGACGAAGAUGACCGUCUGUCACGCAUCUCCUCGACCACAGACCAGUCGAUAUCCUCACGUUUGCACAUUGAUCCUGGAAGUAGACGCGCCUCUCGCACUCCUUCUCCUCUCCUGCCGAAUGCCAGCGCUACCAGUCCAACCACCAAAGCAAAGUGGAUGGAGCUGACCGCUGAACCGCAAAUGAUCUCUCCCACAUCUUCACACGAUGGUGGAGGUGCCAGCCGCGCAACAAGUUCGCUGAGUCUUCACCAGAUGGUCGGCACUGGACUCGAAGGUACCAUGUACGGCCCGUACGAGCCUUUUGUAGAGCCACAAACCCGGCUAUCCAGCCUGCCCACAAGCCUGCGUGGAUCGCAGAAUGGCAGCUUCGAGGGGCUGUCAAACCUCGCGAGUGAGAUUCUCGAUUCGUAUCUCGAUACCGAAUUGGAGUACGUUCCUGUCAUGACCAUGGAACAGAUUCGCGUCGCAUUCCGAGACACUCUCCUUGGAUUGCAGUACCUCCACUACCAAGGGAUUGUGCACCGCGAUAUUAAACCUCCAAACCUCCUUGCAACCAUUGACGGCCGCGUCAAAAUUUCGGACUUUGGCGUCUCUUAUCUGGGGAAGCCGGUGAAGAACGGCGAGGCAGCAGAGGACGUCAGUGAGGGUGAGGCUCAUGAUCUUGAUGAUGAAGCGAAAGAGCUGGCAAAGACUGUUGGUACACCCGCCUUCUACGCUCCAGAGCUGUGCUUUACCGACCCUGCAGAGGAAGCUAUCCCUGUCACGAAAGCGAUUGAUGUUUGGGCGCUGGGAAUCACACUCUUCUGUAUGCUCUUUGCACGCACCCCAUUCGUGGAUAGCGAAUAUGUGGUCAUGCGGCAGAUUGCUGACGAAGAAAUUUACAUCCCACGGGAAAGACUACAACCUAUUGACACCAAGCCUAAAUCGAGACCCUCAUCUCACAGCAGGGUGUUUCCGCCGAUGCCCUCCGGGAGACGAGGCGAAUUAGACUUGAAGUAUGAGGAGAUCAGUGAUGAGCUGCACGACCUUCUGAAACGCCUCCUGGUUAAGGAUCCACGGAAGCGAAUAACAUUGGAAGAAGUGCGGAUGCACCCCUGGGUUCUUGAAGACCUGCCCAACAAGAUGAAGUGGCUUGAUGAGACUGAUCCUUCACGCCACUCUCAAGGCAAGAAGAUUGAAGUUUCCAAGGAGGAACUCAACACUGCCGUCGUGCCAUUGAACCUUGUGGAGCGUAUGCGCUCUGGCGUGAAGAAACUGACCGACAAGGUCAUGGGCAAAUCGACCACUCGCGCUCGAGGCAAUUCGUCGGCGAGUAGUGCUGCCAAGGACAGCUCGGCGGCGCCAUCUCCAAGCUCCUCCAGCGGUAGCAUCAGCAAGGAUGCUCGGGAUGCCCGAAGACAGAGCAUGUUCGGGGAUGAAUCAAUCUUUACUGCAUUGAAGGCAUCUCGCGAACAUGAACAUCCUCUCGCGAAGAGCCUCGCUGCGAGUCCCGAAACGGAAACGUCCGGAAAGAACUUUGACACCACCACAACAACACUCACGAGAACAUUGUCGCGAACUAGUUUCAGGCCGGACCCACCAAAGCGAGCCAUGACGGUGGCAUCUGCAAGCGGUUCGAUGCGCACUGUCAAACAGUCAGAUUACCGAGACGAAACGCCUCCGCCAUCUCCAGGUCUUCCCUCAACACCCAUGGCAUUGUCAUCGCCAGGAGGCAGCAGUUUGGGUGGCCUUCUUGGCGGGCUGGGUAGCUCUGGUCGUAUCAUUAGGAGUAUCCGAGAGCAAAGCCGGAACCGGGGGCGUCAUCGAGGUUUGUCAAGUGAUCGAGGCUCCGUGGCGUCUAACGACCAUCACGCAGAGGCUAGUGUGGCUAUCAGCCAGAUGACUGCCUCUGGAACGGUGCAGCCUCCCGAGUCACUACGCGAGGACUUUACCCCCGCUUCCAGCGCACACAACAGCCCGGUACCUUCUCGCACACAUUCCGUCGCCUCAGAUGUCCAUCACCUCGGUCCUAGUCCCCAAGAACCCGGUCUACUGUCGAGAUUGAGCUCUAGCAGUUCUCUCGCUUCCGUCGGCAGAUUGCUGCGUGCUGCAGGCCAGUCGCGGUCGAGAGCACAUUCUCGCGUCGCAGAAGAACCUGCUCUUGAAUCUCUCAGUCGCAUUGACGACGAGCGAGUAAGGAAACUGGUCCGCGAAAGCAAGGAUGUUGCGGAACGCUCUGCUCGCUCAUCACCACAACCACCAUCGUUCUAUGACUCUCCCUCGGAAGGUGAUCGACAAUGUCCACCCAGUCCCGAUGACUUCCAUUCCAGAGGAGGAGACUCACGAGCUCGUUCAAUCCCUGAUACCUCUCAACCUGAAACCCCUCUUGAUGGWCUCAGCCCGAUGAACCAAUCCGGCGGACACUUCCCACCUGGUAUGUCCAGUUCUUCGGAUCUGGGUUCCGCGGUGUCAAUGUCCAUUUCCAACCCCUCUAUCCCAUCCGUCGUCUCCGAAGCAUCUUCUAUCGAUCCUCAUGAAGGAUUCCAUCAUCCCGAUUGGAUGAGCGAAAACAAAAGAGAUGUUUCAUCAGGCGACACGCUCAACACCGAAAUGCGUUCCAUGCACGGUCUCGAAGAAGAGGAAAUUCCCGACGAGGGCUAUUCCCCUGAUCAAGAAGCCAACUUCUAUGGCGGACUCCACGACGAUAGCGACAGCUCUGAAGGAGACUCCAGCGAUAGUGAUGGCGGAUUGGUCAUGUCGAGACGGAAGUCUGCCGAUAAGAGACAACAGGCCAUCCAUGGAAGCCAGCCGGAAAGGAGGGGCACAGGCGUGAGUAUGAGGAGUAAGAAGAGCUCGAGGAGUGGGAGUAACAACACCAUGAGAAAGGUUCGGACGAGAGAGAGUUGUGAUGAUGGGAGGCGGAGUGCGGAGAUUAGUGAGGAGUGA